CACUGCUACAAGACGUCAGGGGGAAAAGCAAAGGACAUGGAAUCCCUCUCAGAGUGCACUUCUUUGCAGUGACCACUUCAUGGAGGCUGAUUUUGAACCAUAUCGUGAACGCAGAAUGCUGCGUGAGGGAAGUAUCUCAUCAUGGUUCAUGUUCCCCGAGCAGACAAAACCAGUGGCACGCAAAAAUCCCCAAAAGCGUGUUGGCCCAUGCACAACUCCGCCCAAGCCAAAGCAUGUCAGGCGCCUGCUUCUCGGGCAGCCACACCAGCCCGCUCCAGAGGAGGCACGGGUGUAGCCUGCCCCAGAGGAGGUGUUGCUGCAGUCUGCUCCAGAGGAGGCAUUGCUACAGCCUGCCUCAAAGCUGCAACAGCUUCAGUCUGCACCAGAGCAGCAACUGCUACAGCACACGCCAGUGAAGCUUCAACAUCACCCAGGUGGCCCAGAGCAUAGCUAUAGCGCAAUUUGUAACAACUCGACACAUUUCAAGUCUGAGUGCCCUCAAAGAAAGCCGGAUCGUCGAUGCCGAGCUUCUCGAGGUGAUCCGAUCUCGAUUUGAAAACCCAAUGGUGUCAGCGCUUUUCACCAACGAAGUUGUCAAUGGUGGCAGGAAGAAGCGAAGUGGCCAGAGGUAUUCAGAAAAAAACUCUGCCUCACCUUCCACUACUAUUCUCCGAGAGCAUGUAGGUUCCCCUCAAAGAACUUCUCCCUGCGGGGUGCAACAUCGUUACGAGAGUGGACGAGAAGCGUCAGCUGUGAGGUGGGCGUCCUCCACGAGGUGCGACAGACACUGUGCUGUGGAGUGACAACCAACAAAAUUGACCCUAACUGCUGUUUGAUGGUCGAUGAGAUGGCGAUACGGAAGGCGAAGGUGUACUCGCAACCCAAAGAUAAGUUCGUUGGUCAUGUUGAUCUGGGUGCAGGGGACGUGGAAGACACGAGAUUGGCAAAAAAUGCCCUAGUGUUCAUGGCCGUUGGUCUCAAAGUGUGUGGCGCCACCCUGCCGCCUACUUUCUCACAGACCACAUUUCAAGAGACUCGGACAGAACUGGCCAAGACUGUCCUGUGUGCUUUGGGCGACGCAGAACUGAAGGUGCGAUCGUUCUUGGCCGAUGGACUCCAAGCCAACCUGUCCAUGUUCGGCCACUUGGGCGUUCAGAACCUGCAGCCAAAACAACUUCAGCUUCCCAUUGUUUCUAACUACUUCCUGCAUCCUGCAACCAACCAGAAGGUGUAUGUUCUGCAGGAUGUGGUGCACAUGCUGAAACUGCUACGAAACCUCCUUGGUGAAUACAAGAGCCUUCAACUGGAUGGUGAAGAGGUAUCCUGGGGGUAUAUUCAAGCGCUGUACGACCCGCAGCACAGCGAGGGUAUCCGGGCGGCCAACAAGCUCCCUCGCCGGCACGUCCAGUACGAAAAGAACAAAAUAAAAGUUAAGCUUGCUGCCCAGCUGUCCAGCAACUCGGUGGGCAAAGCUCGGCUGUACCUAGAAGAGUCGGGCCACCAUGAGUUCACCGGAGUGGGGGCAACGGGGCGCCUCAUCCUGCUUGUUGAUCAGGCAUUCGACUACCUCAACAGCAGCAACCCCUACGUGAAGGUCUUCAAGACUCCUGUAGCUGCCAACAACUUAAUGCUACGACGUGAGUUUUUGGCCGACUUCAGUUCCGUGCUGUUCCGGCUGCAGACAGCAUCAAGCGAACCGGUACUGUAGACGCGACGCUUCACCUCGGUCCUGGGUCUCUGUCUCGCGACGCAGACCAUCAUGGACGUCACUGAGGCCCUGCUGGAGGAGGGGUUCGUCCAUGUACUGUCAUACAGGAUGUCCCAAGACCAUCUAGAGCUGCUGUUCGGCCGGAUCCGACGUACGGGCGGCUUCAACAACAACCCGAACGUGGCCCAACUGCAACAUGCCAUGCGCAGACUCAUACUACACAGCUUCAUAUCGCCAUCUACCACCGGGAGCUGCACGUCACGGGAUGACGGUGACGACGGCCUGCUCCUGAUCCGUCGUCCAAAACGGCAGCGCCCGACGCUCAGUGAGAGUGGCCCCAUGCCGGCGGUCGUGCAGCAUCUCCUCACGACGGAGGACACCGGCUCGGGGUUCGUUGGCAACUGUGUUGGCUACAUCUGCGGCUAUGUGUGCCGCAAGCUGAUGGAAACGAGCGCUGUCGGGUGUGGUGAGUGCAUUGGUGCACUUCUGUGCAACGAGGACGGUCCUCCGUCGCAUGAAGUGAUGGGUUUCGUAAAAGUGCGGGACGACGGCGGACUGCUCAUCCCGUCGGCGUCGGCGUACGCGAUCGUCACGGCAGCUGGGCGGCAUUUGACCGCUUUGCAUAAGUGUGGUAGGAUGGACCGAGCUAAACUGUUACUGAGUAUCAAGUGCGGUGUCCUGGCACAGUUAAUGACUGAACGCAGCCACGAACUGUUCCCUGGUGUGCAAGACGACAUGUUCGAGCCGCGAGCGGAUGAGUGCCAUGCUGUGGUAAUGGUAAAACAGAUCGUGGCCAGGUAUCUGCGUGUCCGCCUCCAUGCCUAUGGACAAAAUGCUACAGUGAGUGGAAUGUUCCGUACCCAUGUGAGGCACAAACUGUACAAGCAGGUGCUCUUUGCGCACCAGUAGUCAAAUACAUCAGUAGAUAUCUGUGCUGGUGACCGCAAGUAGAUUUACUAGUUACAUUGUUUUGGGGCUAUAAGGUGCGUGGACACGCAAGUCCUGUGCAUUAGCAUCGUUAGUAGCACGGUGUACAUACUCUGAACAAAAUGAUAUACUACGCGUAGUUUUGGGGCUGUAAUGUGUGUCGGCGUGUAAGUCCUGUGUAUCGACGUUGUCAAUAGUACGGCGUACAUAUUCUGAA